AUGGGCAGCCGCCUCGCCGCCCGCCGCCUCCUCCGAAGCAAUUCUGUCCGCCUGGGCCUCCUCCUCUUCGCCCUCGUUACCUUCUUCGAUACGCUGCGCCUCCAGAACCGAAUAGCCCGCCAUGACCACGUGCCGCACGCGUUCGACACCCCCCGCAAGCACGAGCGUGUCUACAUAGCCGCUCUGCACUACAACGACGCUCCCCUGCUUCGCCAGCAGUGGAAUCCGGCACUUCUUGCCCUCGUCGAACGCCUCGGUCGCGCCAACGUCUUCGUCAACGUUCAUGAGAGCGGCAGCUGGGAUGACACCAAGGCCGCCCUCGCCGAGCUCGACGCCGAGCUUGAGGUCCGCGGCGUGCCCAGAAGCGUCAUCACCAGCAACGUCACGCACCAGGACGAGCUCGAGGCCAACAGGCCCGCUCAGGGGGCGGGCCUGCCCGAGGGUUGGAUUGUGCCGUCCAAGGGAGCCAAGCCAGAGAUGAGACGGAUACCUUUCCUGGCCAACUUGAGAAACUCGGCGCUGCGAGACCUCGACGACCUCCACGAGAAGGGGUUCAAAUUCGAUAAGGUGCUGUUUCUGAACGAUGUCUUGUUUACGCCCGAAGACGCAUUGACUCUGCUCGACACGAACCGCGGCGUCUACGCGGCCGCAUGCUCGCUCGACUUUUCCGAUCCCCCCUUGUUCUACGAUACCUUUGCGCUGCGAGACGCCAACGGCCACGCUCACCUGACGCCGACGUGGCCAUACUUCCGAGCGACGGCAAGCCGCAAUGCGGUUCUGGCGCACGCCGACGCUGUGCCUGUGACGAGCUGCUGGAACGGCAUCGUCGCCAUGCCGGCGGCGCCAUUCACCUCCCCCAUCGAGUCCAAACGGCUGCGGUUCCGCGCCAUUCCCGACUCCCUGGCGCAACUGCACCUCGAGGCUUCGGAGUGCUGCCUCAUCCACGCCGACAAUCCCCUUUCGGCGGACCUAGGCGUCUACCUGAACCCGAGGGUUCGGGUGGGCUACAACAUCAUGGCGUAUGCCGCUACGCACCCUGGGCCAGGCCGCAGCUGGCUCAGCGGCUGGGCAAUCGGCCGCGGCCGGACUGUGAACCGCUUGUUGGGCUGGUUCACGAGCACGCGGUUCACAGACCGGCGGGUCGACGACAGGUUGGCGCGGUGGAAGGCCGAGGAUCAGGACCGUGACGAGCCAGGACGCGCGUGUUUGAUUAACGAGGCUCAUUUUCUGGCGCCGAAUGGUUGGAUGCAUUUGUAG